AUGGAUCAGCCAAUCAUCGCCAUCACCUCCAAUUCUCUAAGGGAAGACAUGGCCCCUGGCAGUUUGGUAGUUACUUCCACGAAACCAGUGCGAAAGACAUCAUCUGUUGAAAGAGAAGGAUGGUGGAGAAUAGCAUUAACAAAUACUCCUAUCCCUGGCACUUACCACUUGAAAACUUUCAUUGAAGAAUCCCUAUUAAAUCCAGUGAUAGCAACCUACAAUUUUAAAAACGAAGGAAGGAAAAGACCACCUCUUGUGCAAAGAAACAAUCUGGUACUAAAUGACCUUCCCCUGUACGCACCUCCUGACUUCUUGGACUUGUUAAAGAAGCAGCUGGCCUCAUACUCAUUUAAAGACAAACCGAGGUCAAGUGCCAGCACGCCGGUUUACAAAGAUCAGUCAGUUAAGCUCUCACCAGGGCAAUACGAUCUACUUCCUGCACCGGUUCCCAAGCACGCUUCCAGGAGCUUCGUAUUUCGUUCUACAGUUCAAAGAUUUCCAACAGGCUGCUUCACUCCUCGUGAAGGCCCAGGACCGGGUCAUUACGACUUGAAAAUACCUCCAGUAAAUUCUAUUACUUCCUGUUUUCAAUCCAAAGUACCUCGAUUCCUGCCCGCUUGUUCUAAAACCCCCGGCCCAGGAGCAUACACGUCUUCAGUGCAAUUCCCCAAGCAGCCCCCCACCAUAGCCAAAAUGGGCCGAGAGAAUAGCCUUUUCUUCAACAACACAAUUGGCUUUUAA